UGGGACGCGGGCGGCGGGUGUGCGGGUCGGGGCGGAGCGAAGGACGCGGGUGGCCGCGGUCAGGCCGCCGCGGCUGAGGAGCCCACGGCCCUGACGCGGGCUGGACCCGGUGAGCUGCGGCCCUGGCUGACCAGUGCUGACUGGACCGGCUGAGAAGCGGCCCCGGCGUGGGGGCACGGCGAGCUUCCCCGAGAGGCCACUCCGCCCUCGGCCGCGGUCACUCGCCUCAGACUGACGGCCGGGCGGACCAUGGCGUCCUCGGCUCGCCUGGUCACCAUCAAGCGGAGCGGCGGUGACGGCGCACACUUCCCGCUGAGCCUCAGCUCCUGCCUGUUCGGAAGGAGUAUUGAAUGUGACAUUCGUAUCCAACUGCCUGUAGUGUCAAAAAAACAUUGCAAAAUUGAAGUCAAUGAGCAGGAGGCAAUAUUGUAUAACUUCAGUUCCACAAAUCCAACGCAAGUAAAUGGGGCUACUAUAGAUGAGCCUGUGCAGCUGAAACAUGGAGAUAUAAUAACUAUCAUUGACCGAUCUUUUAGGUAUGAAAACGGAAAUCAUGAGGAUGGAAGCGAGUCAACAGGAUUUCCAGAAAAAUCUCUUGGACAGGAACCAGCACGGCGAGCCUCGAGAGCUAGCUUCUCUGCUGACUCUGAUGGGAAAGGUCAAGAUGCUGAAGCUUCAAAAACCACUGCUUCAAGAAGAUCUUUGGUGCAGGCCAAGAAGCUCCUUGGAGAAAGUUCUGCCUCAGAUGGCUCAAAGGACAGUGUCACCCAAGAUCCAUCCAAUACCUGUUCUUCAGGGCAUGUAGAACAGCACAGUGGCAGAAACCUAGGAGAGUCCACUUCUGGUGAUCUUUCUAAGAAGUCCAGGGCUACAGGGAGCAGUUAUAGGGAACUGAAGUCUUCUCCUGCACAUAGCCUUAGCAACAGCAAGAAAAAUGAAUCUCCCUUUGAGAAACUUUAUCAGUCAAUGAAGGAAGAGUUGGAUAUCAGAUCACAAAAACCAUCUCGUAGGAAGUCAGAACCACAACCUGAAUGUGCAGCAGAAAAAGAAAUGUGGGAGACAAAGCUAUUGGUGUCAUGCAAGUCAAGAGCGAAAUCCAGUGGAAGCACCCCUGGCACUGCAGCCUCUUCACCCAAGGUAGGAAAGGUCUGGACUGAGACCCAGGGCAGUGCUAUGGGGUCUCUUCAGACUUCCACAGAGGCUCUGAGUUCUAGCUUCUCUCUCGCUGAGACAGCUACAAUGAAGACCCCGGUGCGGACUUCACAACAACUUAAGAAUGAAGACUUCCAUGUUAGUAGCAGAAGAGAGUCUGUGAAUCUGGAUGAAAGUGAAGGUGCCAAGGCAGUCCAUAAGAUAGUCACUCCCAGGAAGCCAGGAACUAGAAACCAAACUCCAGUGAAAGUUGAAGAUGCUGACAGCCCUGCUGAUACACCAGAAAAUCUCUUUUCCAAAAAGAGGAGGAGUAUUCCUGCAAAGGUAGAAAUGCUGUCUGCAGAAACACAAAACUGGUCCUCUUCAACUCAGCACCUUGUUCCAAGUGAAAAGAAAACUCCAAAGGAGUCCUUCAACAGGCCUGAGAAAUUGGCCACAGCAGCUGAGCAGAUUUGCUCUGGGCUACCUGGUCUUAGUUCGGUUGAUAUCAGCAACUUUGGUGGCUCCAUUAACAAGAGUGAGGGAAUGUCUUUGAAGAGAAGACGUGUAUCCUUUGGUGGUCGUCUAAGACCUGAAUUGUUUGAUGAAAACUUACCUCCUAAUACACCACUCAAAAGAGGAGAAACACCAAUCAAGAGGAAGUCACUCACCACUCACACUCCAGCUGUCCUGAAAAAAAUCAUCAAGGAACGGCCUCAGUCACCAGGGAAACUAGAGCCUCCUGGAGUAACUCCACCAACAGCAGACGGUGAAAGGCGCAGAUCAAGCAGGAUCUUGCCUGCUUCCAGUGACAGCAAAUCCUUGCAUCAGACAGACACUCCCAAGAAAGCAGGCAGGAAGAGUGGCAACCUGCCUGCCAAGAGAGCAUCCAUCAGCCGAAGUCAGCAUGACAUUUUACAGAUGAUUUGCUCCAAAAGAAGGAGUGGUGCUUCUGAAGCCAACCUGAUUGUUGCAAAAUCAUGGGCAGAUGUCGUAAAACUCGGUGCAAAACAAACACAGACUAAAGUUGUAAAACAUGUUCCUCAAAAGCAGACGAGCAAAAGACAAAGAAGACCUAAUACUCCAAAGAAACCUACAAGCAAUCUUCACAAUCAGUUUAGUACAGGCCAUGCAAACUCUCCCUGUACCAUUGUAAUAGGGAGAGCUCAGAUUGAAAAAGCAAGCAUGCCUGCUCGGCCCUACAAAAUGCUGAACAACUUGAUGUUAAACCGGAAAAUGGACUUCAGUGAAGAUCUGUCAGGAUUAACUGAAAUGUUUAAGACUCCAGUGAAGGAGAAGCAGCAGCAGAUGAAUGAUAUGGCCUCCAUUCUUUCAAAUUCAGAGAAUUUGCCUGAAAAACAGUUUCAAGUGACUAAUUCAGAAAACAAACCUCUGCCUAGCACCUCAGAAAUUUUAGGAGAAAAUGUGCUCUCCAGUACUCAGAAUGCAGCAAAGGGACCAUCUGAUAAAAGUUCUGCAAGUCCUACCUUAAGGCGGAGGAGCAUCAAAAAUGGAAACACAGUGCAAACUCCUAAGAACAUCCAUGACAUUACUCACGAAGAAAAGAAGACUCCAGGCUCUGUUACAGAGCUUCUGAAGACAGUAUCCAGUGUGAACAAGUUAAGAAGGUCUAGAGAGCUUAGACAUACACUUGUUGAAAGUAUGAAUGAAAACACAGAAGCGGGUGUUGCCAAGGGCAUCACAGGAAGACACUUAAGGAAGACAUCACUUCAAGGACAAGAAGUGCAGGACAGUGAAAACACUUCGCAAAGAUUCAAGGAAAUUGUUGAAUUAAAGGACAUUCCAGAAAAAACAUCAGCUAUAAGAUCAUGUGCCAGGGAGCAGAAGCCAACAAAAGACUCAAUAGAAAGUCAGAUGGUCACCCAAACAGCAGCCUGUGCUAAAGAACUACUUAAUCAGGAAAAGGGAACCACAGACACACCAGAGGAAUCCAUGCACAUGCAAAACACACCAAUAAAUGAUGGUCAACGAGCUACAAAAGAGAAGAUGGACCUAGUAUAUACAACCAAAGUGAAGCGCUGGUCAAACACUCCUGACAAAAAGACACAACCUCUAAAAGUCCCAGCUGGUCUUAAGGAGUCUUUUGAAACACCAAACUGCAGAGACAAAACCAUAGGUGAUGAUAAAACCAAAGUCCUUUGCAAAUCUCCACAACCCACAUCAGAGAGUACCAAAACAAGCACAAAACCACGGCCCAGCAUAUCUGGAAAGAAAGUAGACAUGAAAGAAGAAUACUCAACACAAAAUAAGUUUGUGGACGUGUCAGGAGGAACUAGGUACACCCCUAGAGUUCCAGAACUUCAGCACGGGGGCAUCAAAGCUUUGAAGGAAUCUGAAAAUCAAAUGGUGGACCUGACUGUAACUGGUAGCAAGAGGCUGGUAGGAAAAGCUAAGGAAAAGACUCAGCCCCUGGAAAACCUGGAUGGCUUCCAGGAACUCUUUCUAUCACCAGUUCCUGCUGACAAAAUCACAAAAAUGCCCAACAAAUCUCCAUAUGUAGAACAUAUCAAAACUCCAACAAGCGCAAAGAGACUGUCCAAGACAGGUCUCAGCAAGGUGGAUGUGAGAGAAGAGCUUUCAACUCUUGAGAAACCAACAAAGUCACCGGGCAGAGUCACACACACACUCACAGUACCAGUGCUGAAAGAAACUGACAGCACAGACAUAAUAGAAACUCCAAAGCAGAAACUGGACUUCACAGAGAAUUCAACAGGAUGCAAGAGAAAGGCACAGACACCUAAGAACAGGGCUCAACCCCUGGAAGACCUGGAUGGCUUCCAAGAACUAUUCCAAACUCCAGUUGGUGUCAGUGAUCCAGUGACUGUUGGGGAAACUACAAAGUUGUCUUUGGACUCUGCACAAGCAGAACCAGUCAGAACCCCAGCAAGCAGAAGGAGACUGUCUAAGACAGUUCCUGGGAAAGAGGAUUUGAGAGAAGAGCUUUCAUCCCUUGGGAAACGAACAAAGUCACCAGGCAGAGCCACAGGCACACCCACAGUACCAGUGCUGGAAGAGAGUGACAGCACAGACAUAAUGGAAACUCCAAAGCAGAAACUGGACUUCACAGGGAAUUCAAGGAGUAGGAGAAGGUCGCAGGCACCUAAGAAUAGGGCUCAGCCCCUAGAAGACCUGGAUGGCUUCCAAGAACUCUUCCAAACACCAGUUGGUGCCAGUGGUACAGUGACUGUUGGGGAAACUACAAAGGUAUCUUUGGAAUCUCUGCAACCAGGACAUAUCAGAACCCCAGCAAGCACAAAGAGACUGUCCAAGAUAGGUCUUGGAAAGGUAGAUGUAAGAGAAGAGCUUUCAACCCUUAGGAAACAAACAAAGUCACCAGGCAGAGCCACAGGCACACCCACAGCACCAGUGCUGGAAGAGAGUGACAGCACAGACAUAAUGGAAACUCCAAAGCAGAAACUGGACUUCACAGAGAAUUCAACAGGAUGCAAGAGAAGGUCACAGACACGUAAGAACAGGGCUCAACCCCUGGAAGACCUGGAUGGCUUCCAAGAACUAUUCCAAACUCCAGUUGGUGUCAGUGAUCCAGUGACGGUUGGGGAAGCUACAAAGUUGUCUUUGGACUCUGCACAAGCAGAACCAGUCAGAACCCCAGCAAGCAGAAGGAGACUGUCUAAGACAGUUCUUGGGAAAGAGGAUUUGAGAGAAGAGCUUUCAUCCCUUGGGAAACGAACAAAGUCACCAGGCAGAGCCACAGGCACACCCACAGUACCAGUGCUGAAAGAGACUGACAGCACAGACAUAGUGGAAACUCCAAAGCAGAAACUGGACUUCACAGGGAGUUCAAGGAGUAGGAGAAGGUCACAGACACGUAAGAACAGGGCUCAACCCCUGGAAGACCUGGAUGGCUUCCAAGAACUCUUCCAAACUCCAGUUGGUGUCAGUGAUCCAGUGACGGUUGGGGAAGCUACAAAGUUGUCUUUGGAAUCUGCACAAGCAGAACCAGUCAGAACCCCAGCAAGCAGAAGGAGACUGUCUAAGACAGUUCUUGGGAAAGAGGAUUUGAGAGAAGAGCUUUCAUCCCUUGGGAAACGAACAAAGUCACCAGGCAGAGCCACAGGCACACCCACAGUACCAGUGCUGGAAGAGACUGACAGCACAGACAUAAUAGAAACUCCAAAGCAGAAACUGGACUUCACAGGGAGUUCAAGGAGUAGGAGAAGGUCACAGACACGUAAGAACAGGGCUCAACCCCUGGAAGACCUGGAUGGCUUCCAAGAACUCUUCCAAACUCCAGUUGGUGUCAGUGAUCCAGUGACGGUUGGGGAAGCUACAAAGUUGUCUUUGGAAUCUGCACAAGCAGAACCAGUCAGAACCCCAGCAAGCAGAAGGAGACUGUCUAAGACAGUUCUUGGGAAAGAGGAUUUGAGAGAAGAGCUUUCAUCCCUUGGGAAACGAACAAAGUCACCAGGCAUAGUUGCACAUACACCCAUAGCAUCAGUGCAGCAGGAAAAAGGGAUAAGAGCAAUUAUGGAAACUUCAAGUCAGGAAGUGGAGUCUGCAGGAAAUUUAAGAGGGCCUAAGAAACAGUCUAGAACACCUAAGGAAGAGGGCCAAUUUCUAGAAGACCUAUUUGGUCUCCAGGGGCUCUUCCAAACACCAGACCAUGGCAAUGGCCUAUUGGCUGUUGGUAAAACAAAAAAGAAAUCCAUCAAUGCUCUGCAACCAGAACCUGUAAUAACCCCUAAAAGCAUAAAGAGACAGUCCAGGGCCAGUAUGGGUAAAAUAGAAGUGAAAGAAGAACUUUCAGAAUCAGAGAAACAUCCACAAAUAGCAAAGGCCAUAGACAUACAACAAAUACCUAACAAUAGUAAUGUCAGAGCAUCGAAGCAAUGUGCAAAGCGGAAACUGGAUCCAGCAGCUAGUAUGCCUGGCAGCAAGAGGCUGCGACGUGCAUCUAAGGAUAAGACACCAUGCCUAGAAGAACUGAGUGGUUUCCAACAGCUCUUCCAAACACCAGGCCAUGCUAAAGAUUCACUGUCUGUUGGUGAAACCUCAAAAAUGCCCACCAAAUCUCCACAGUCAGGAAGCCAAAUCAGUAGAAAGAGUCUCCCCAAGAUCAGUCUCAAGAAAGUGGAUGUCACAGAAGAACUUUCAGUACUCUGGAAGCAGUCACCAGGCAAAGCCCCCACAGCACCAGUGCAGCAGGAUAAUGGGAUACAAGCAAUUAAGACUCCAAAAGGGAAACUAGAGACUGCAGCAAAUGUAACUGGGCUUACAAGACAGCAAAGAGCACCUAAGGAAAAAGUCCUACCCCUGGAAGACUUUGAUGGCUUCCAGGAACUCUUCCAAAUACCAGACCAUAGCAAUGAUCCAGUAAUUGGUAACAAAAGAACAAGUAUGUCCUUGAAAUCUCAACCAGUACUUGUUAGAACCCCACAAACCUCAGAGAGACUAGCAAAGACAAGUCUUGGGAAAGUGGGUGUGAGAGAAGAUAUCUCCUCUCUGGAUAUGCAAAAGCUUGCUGCAGGGGAGAGUGUACAAAUACCCAGUCUUCCAGAAGAUGAUAGCAGAGGGAAGAAGGAUCUGAGGAAAUCCAGAACUCAGACACUGGGCCCGUCAGUAAGUGUAACUCAAAGCAAGAAGCAGCAAGGGGUACAUAAGGAAAGGUCUCAGUCCCCAGAAGACUUAUUUGGUCUCCAGGAGCUCUUCCAAACACCAGCCAGUCAAGAUGUAAUGACUGUUCAUGAAACUACAAAAAUGUCUUUGGAAUCUUCAGAACCAGAACAUAUCAGAACCCCUGCAAGCACAAAGAGACUGUCUAAGACAGGUCUCGGGAAAGUAGGUGUGAGAGAAGAGGUUUCAACCCUUGGGAAACGAACAAAGUCACCAGGCAGAGGCACACACACAUCCACAGCACCAGUGCUGGAAGAGAGUGACAGCACAGAUAUAAUGGAAACUCCAAAGCAGAAACUGGACUUCACAGGGAAUUCAAGGAGUAGGAGAAGGUCACAGGCACCUAAGAACAGGGCUCAACCCCUAGAAGAUCUGGAUGGCUUCCAAGAACUCUUCCAAACACCAGUUGGUGCCAGUGGUACAGUGACUGUUGGGGAAACUACAAAGGUAUCUUUGGAAUCUCUACAAUCAGGGCAUAUCAGAACCCCAGCAAGCACAAAGAGACUGUCCAAGAUAGGUCUUGGAAAGGUGGAUGUAAAAGAAGAGCUUUCAACCCUUAGGAAACAAACAAAGUCACCAGGCAGAGCCACAGGCACACCCACAGCACCAGUGCUGGAAGAGAGUGACAGCACAGACAUAAUGGAAACUCCAAAGCAGAAACUGGACUUUACAGGGAGUUCAAGGAGUAGGAGAAGGUCACAGGCACCUAAGAACAGGGCUCAACCUCUAGAAGAUCUGGAUGGCUUCCAAGAACUCUUCCAAACACCAGUUGGUGCCAGUGGUACAGUGACUACUGGGGAAGCUACAAAGUUGUCUUUGGAAUCUGCACAAGCAGAACCAGUCGGAACCCCAGCAAGCAGAAGGAGGCUGUCUAAGACAGUUCUUGGGAAAAAGGAUUUGAAAGAAAAGCUUUCAUCCCUUGGGAAACGAACAAAGUCACCAGGCAGAGCCACAGGCACACCCACAGCACCAGUUCUGGAAGAGAGUGACAGUACAGACAUAAUAGAAACUCCAAAGCAGAAACUGGACUUCACAGAGAAUUCAACAGGAUGCAAGAGAAGGUCACAGACACGUAAGAACAGGGCUCAACCCCUGGAAGACCUGGAUGGCUUCCAAGAACUCUUCCAAACACCAGUUGGUGCCAGUGAUCCAGUGACUGUUGGGGAAACUACAAAUGUAUCUUUGGAAUGCCUACAACCAGAACCAGUCAGAACCCCAGCAAGCACAAAGAGACUGUCCAAGACAGGUCUUGACAAGGUAUAUUCGAGAGAAAAGCUGUCUCUCCUGAACAAGCCAAGAGGUUCAUCACAGGAAGUCAUGCAUGCACUCAGACUUUCAGAAGAUGAUGACAGAGGAACCAAAGAUUUGAAGGAAUCUGUGACUCAGGCAUUGGACCCAGCAGUAAGUUUAACUUUCAGCAAGAGGCGGCGUGGGGCAUGUAAGAAAAGAUCCCAGUCCCCAGAAGACCUUUUUGGUCUCCAGGAGCUGUUCCAAACACCAGGCUAUGAUAAGGAUUCAGUGACAGGUGAUAAGCUCACAAAAAUGCCCCACAGCUCUCCGCCACCAGAGCCAAUAGAAACUUCAGUAACCUUACAGAGACAGCCCAGAACUAGACUGAUGAAAGUUCCUGUGAAAAAUCAACUGUCAGGAGACAGAAUGCUUCCACAAAUGUCAGGGGAAAUCAUGGAUAUGUCUAGAGUACCAGAAGGUGAAGACAAAGGCUUUAGCACAAGGAAGCAAUCUGUAAAACGGAAAUUGGACACAGCUGUCAGUGUGCCCAGCAGCAAGAGGCAACGAGUUGCACGAGCAGAAAAGGCACAGACCCUAGAGGGCCUGCCUGGCUUCCAAGAGCUCUCCCAAACUCCAAGCUCGGCAAUGGACUCAGUGACUAUUGACAAAACUACAAAGAUGCCCAGCAAAUCUCCAGAGCCCAUGGACACAACUUCAAAGACACAGCCAGGAAGAAGACUCAGGAGAGUGGGUGUGACCAAAGAGCCUAUAACACAAAGAACGACUACAAGAGUGUUACGCGAAACCAGAAACACAACCAAAAAGCCUGUGGGUGACAGUAAAGAUGUCAAAGAAUUUAAGGAAUCUUCACAGAAACAAGACUCAGCUGUAAGUUUAACUGGCAAGAGGAGCCAAUCAAGGACACUUAAGAAGAAGACCCAACCCUUAGAGGAGCUGUCCAGCAUCCAAGAGGAAACAGCCACAAGAUACUCUUGUGAAUCUCCACAACCAGAAAAAAAUGAAACCUCAGUAGCCUCAAAGAGGCAGCUCAGAGUACGACUGUGCAAAAUAGAUGUGAAACAAGAGCACUCAGCACAGAGAAAUCCACCAGGCAGGCAAACCAGGAGCACACUAAAAGAGCCCAUAAGUGGUAGUGGAAAUGUUGAAGAGCUUAAGGAGUCUACAAAGCAGAAUAUUGACCUGGCAGCAAGUGUGCCUGUUAACAAGAGGCCACGGAGAGUACCCAAGGAAAAGUCACAACCCCUAGAAUUGGCUGGUCCCAAAGGACCAAGUCCUGCUGAGGAAUCAGCAAGUGAUGAAAGACCCACACAGGUGCCCUCCAAUUCUCUACAAUCAGAACAAGGAGAUAGCCUCCAGACCUCACCAAGAUGUCCCAGGACAAGACGAGGGAAAGUAGAGGUGAACGAAGUGCCUUCAUUAGUGAGGAAGACAGUGCCAUCAUCAAGGCAAACUUCAAGAUCCCGCAAGGUCCCUGAAAUUGAUGACAGAGACAUCCAAGCUUCAAAAGAACCUGGAAAGCAGAAAUUGGAAACAGUCACCAGUGUAACUGGCAGCAGGAGGCAGCUAAGGGCACCUAAGGAUGGGGUUCAAUCUCUUGAAGUCCUGGGUGACUCCAAAGAAGUAACUCAAAUGUUAGAGCACACUGAUAAACUAAGACAUGACACCAGUAGCCUUAAAAGCACUCUCCAACAAAUGCCAGACCCCAUAAAACCUCUAAGAACAUCCAGGAGAGUGCUGAGGGCCUUGAAAAAGGACACUAUGGAAACAACCUUGGAAAUGGUGAUGGAUACCAGAGACCCUGCAGAAUCACAAAACAAAAGCUACACUUUACUGCCCCCCAAGAGGAAGUCUGCAAGAGAUGGAAGUGUUCCAAGAACCAGAGGGGUAUGCUCUGUGACUCCAAAGCAGGAAGCAACAGAUGAGAAACCUGCCCCUAAGAAACAGAGGACUGCUUCCAGCAAGAGGCAUGUGUCACCCGAGCCUGUGAAGAUGAAACAGCUGAGAAUCAUGUCAAACAAAAUUGAACCAGUGGAAGAGCAGAUUAGCAACAUUAGGGAAGAAAAGGAAGCCCAAGUAGAAAAGGAAGGCCAUCCAGACCAGAAAACACCUCUGUCCUCCAGAUGCCGAAAGAAAACCAAUGGAAAACAGCCAAGACCCAAGUUUGGAGCAUCUGAAGAGAAGGUUGGGAUAAAGAAAAAUGAGAAGACCAUGAAGACCUCCCAGGAGACAGAGCUGCAGAACACAGAUGAUGGAGUCAAGAAGUCUACAUCUAGAAGCAAAGUCAGUGGGAAAAUGUGCUUGAGGUCUGGAGGACAGAAUGAAAUUCCCCAGCCUCAUGCAGUAGAAGAGAAAACAAGUGAGACAGAUUCAGAAAUCUUGGUAAAGACUCAGAAAGAGAAAGGGGUCUCUGGAGAUUCAGAUGUCAGGUGUUUGAGAUCCACAAAAACUGGAGCCACUUUGGAGAGUGAACCUAAGCCAAGAGUAACUCGGGGUGCCAAGAAAGAUAUUAAAGUUCCAAAGAAGGAUGAAGACAUUGUAUACACCACAAAAUUAAGGACAAGAAGUCGCCAGAAUAGUAAAAAUAUGUAGCAAAGACAUUUAAAAAGGAAAUAUUAAGUUAGCUUAGUGAUAAAUCCCAGUGUGAUUUUUACCUCUUGUGUAAACUGUAAAUAAUACUGCCUAUGUUUAAGGAAGGAAGCUUUGAGCUUUUGUGUUUAUUCUCUCUUCAAACUCCAAUGGAGAUCAUGAAGAGGGUCACCAGGGAUCUCAGAGCAAUAACAAUUUAAAAGUGAGCAGACAGAAGUGUGGCCCUCUGUCCUGCACAAUAAAGUUCUGAAGUUCACUGCC